AUUUCCAAUUCCACCAUUUUUCUCCAAUUUUUUCUUUCUAAAAAAUAGGAAGAACUAGUUGGAUGAUAAAUAUGGAGAACAGCACAGACUCGUCUUCUUCUUUGAGAUCAUCACAACACCACCCGAAACUCCCACCUGGUUUUCGAUUCCACCCCACAGACGAAGAGCUCGUGGUUCACUACCUCAAGCGAAAGGCCGCCGCCGCUCCUCUUCCGGUCACCAUCAUCGCCGAAAUCGAUCUCUACAAGUUCGAUCCAUGGGAGCUUCCAAGUAAGGCUAGUUUUGGGGAACAAGAGUGGUAUUUUUUCAGUCCAAGAGAUCGGAAGUAUCCAAACGGAGCUCGGCCGAACAGAGCAGCGACUUCUGGAUAUUGGAAAGCCACCGGAACUGAUAAGCCGAUUCUGAGCUCUAAUGGUUCUCAGAAGGUUGGUGUUAAGAAAGCUCUGGUUUUCUAUGGCGGAAAACCACCUAAAGGUGUCAAAACCAAUUGGAUUAUGCAUGAGUAUCGAUUGGUCGACUCAACUACCAGCUCCAAUUAUCCGAUUCCUCAUCAUACUCCACCAACGCCUAACAAAAAAGCAUCUUUACGGCUGGAUGACUGGGUUUUGUGUCGAAUAUACAAGAAAAACAAUGGGCAGCAAAGUCGACCGAUGAUGAUGAUGGAGCGUCAUGAUGAUCACAAAGAAGAUUCUAUGGAUCCUAUGAUUAUUUUCCCAAGGCCAAUCAAUAAUAAUUACACAGCCUUGCUCGAAAACGAAGACUGUUUUCUCCAAGGAAUAUUAGAAGGCAAUAACAAUGGCAACGAUCCUCAUCAGAUGGGUGUCAAACGACAGCAACCAUCGUCGUUUUGGAAUGAAGUAGCUGUGGGUUCUUCGUCUAUGGCGUCACCACCACAAGCAAAACGGUUCCAUGGUGAUCUUAAUAGCACUACUUCUACGACCAGUGCUACUAGCUCUGAGAUUAACAUGAACUCGUCGUCGUUUGUUUCUAUAUUGAAUCAGACGGCGUCGUUUCAUCAUCAGAACGCUCUUCUUGGCUCCGUAAACGACGGCGUUUUGCGUAGUAGUAUUCCCCAGUUUCGACUUCCCACCAUGAACUGGAACUAGAAAUUAAAAGUAUGUUAUAUGCUUCUUUUUUUUUAUAAUUAAUUUCUUCUCUUUUUGUGACAUGUCACAGACAAAUUAUAGAAAUAUACACAGUAAUAAUUGAAUCAGCUCAAACAAUUAUGAGCAGAGGCCUUCUCAUUA